AAGUCUGGUGCCUUUUGCAGUUACUUGGCAUUCCUGAUCUGUUGAAUCAACCAAACAUGUCAAUUCUGAAGCAACUUUUGCAGACUUUACAGCCAACUGAAAAUUUUGAUGAUGUUCUUUCCGAGUUCCAACCAUCUCUUGCUCCUUGCAAUGUUGAUUACCUGUAUUGUGGAGCAUGUAAAAUAUUGGAGGAUAUUAUGGAUUCAGUGUCCUCAUUUUCAUACCUUCUGUCUUCUGAUGUGUUAAUUACUAUACAAUCAAUUGUAAAUUCUGUUGUUGUGUUGUUGGACAAAUCUGGGGAACCAAAUGGGAAAAAUAUACACAUGGGAUGCUCCAAAGCAAUCAUUCCCUUUCUGCGAAAGCGUCUUGGAUACUCAGCUCAUAAGCUGCUCAGUGCUGAUUUCCCUAGCGAAGAUGCUGGAAAAGGAUGGCAGAGUAAAGGUGAUCUUAUACAGAAGAUAUUGCAAAUAUACCUCAGGAAUAGUGACUCUACUUCAGAUCUACUUGCUGAGAUAGGUCGUGAAUUGCCUAAGGAACCUUCGCUCAAAACAAAAGAUAACCAAGAUGUAUCGUAUGGUUUUCCAACAUUGUGUUCCUCCACUAUUACCUCUUGGUACCGUGUGCUUCACGAGGAGAACACAAGGAGUUUAAACAAGACGAUCAAACAAGCACUGAAGGCUAGAGGAUCAGUUGAUACUAUUCUUCAAGAGAUUCAGAAAUCAGUGGAUGCAUUUGUCUCUCUAAUAGGAAUGUGCAAGUCCCACGAAAAGGUUUCUAUGCAUGCAAUGGCAGUUAAACAUGGGGGGAAAUUUAUUGACACAUUUCUGAAAGCCUUCAACUUUCUAGAGAGACAAUUCAAGCAACAUAAUGACACCAUAGUUAAAAUGCUAAAACAACUCCAGAAAGGAACAAGAAUAAUCCAAUCCAUAUGUUCAGAUUCUAAGCACAAGGACUUGCAAGGCCAUGUGGUGAGCUCUCAGGCAUAUGGGAACGUGGAUGAGGAAGAUGAGGAGCAGACGGAGAUCGACUCCGACCUUCCAACUGAUGAGCAUGAUAAUGGCAAUGCCAUGGAGGAGGAUGCUGUGGAAG